CUUCCAUCGCAAGACGGGGAAAAGUGAGCACAUUCUUGCACGAAGCUUGCCGCCGCCGAGCUGGGGAGGAGAUCUUGCCUAGGUCUAGCGAGGAGGAGGUCGAUCGAUCGAUUGGCUAGGACUCUAGGAGGAGGAGCUGGUUCAUAAGCAGACCUACCGACCCACCCAUCGACUGUACUUGUUCGAGGAAGGGAUGGCCGAUCUGCUGAGCUUCCUGAAGACGAUCUUGGAGGCCGGGUUCAGUAUAAUGAGCGCGCUGGAGAAGGCUGGCCACAACGCGGACGACUGCCGCAGGAUCGGUCAGCUCCUGCAAACACUGAGUGCCAUCGCUAACGCCAAGUACCUGGAGGACAACACGACCAAAGGUCUGAAGGAGACCCUCCAGCGCGCGUCCGAGAUCGUCAAGACGUGCAACCGCAAGACCUUGGUGAGCCGUGCCUUCAAGGCCAAUCAAAUCGCCGACGAGCUGCGCGGGGUUUGCAUUGACAUAUUGCUGAACCUGAAUACGGUGCUCCUUGCCAACGUGGCCGACAUUAAGAAAACUGUUACCCACACUAACUCAAUGUUGGCCCAAAUUUUGGAAAUAUGUGCUGCUAAUCCCGAUGUUCGUCUGCUACGGCAAAAGGUAUAGUUGUUUUUGUUGUCUGUAAUCCUGAUGAUUGAAUAACCGGCCAAUUAGUUGUGGCUGAACGAGUCUAGUGCCUGACGCAUGCCAGUUCAUGCGGGGCGAGUUCGAGUCUCAGGGGAGUGCGCGAGUGCUUGCAGAUCGUGGGAUGGCACGGCCAGUAAACGCGGCAUGGAGUGCAUGUAAACGAGUCGAGUCUGUUUAUUAAUUCAGAGCAAUACAACAGAAAAGGCUGUGAGUAAUACAGCACC